AAGACUUGCACGAAGUGUUAUGUAAUAGAAUUUAGAUGUAGGACUACAUGUAUACAUAAUAUUCACGUGAUGGCGGUGUCACGUAACUGCGAGAUGUGUUAUGUAUAUAUCAUGUCCAUGCCCACCCGGUACCCCUUCUAAAACCUUUGAGCAAGAAAGUCAACCACCGCGCACCCUGUUCCUAAACCAAAAUAGUCCCGGACUAUGAGCGGGGUGGUGAGCAACAGUCUGGAGGGGCCGGACGGCGGAUGGCCCGGCUGGGUCGCGGUCCUCGCGCUCUGGACCAACAACCUCAUGGUGAUCGGCAUUACCAAAGGUCUCGGGAUAAUGCUGCCGAUUUUGCAAAUCCAACUGACCUCCCAAAUGUGGAUUAUCGGCUGGAUAGCGUCACUGACAACCGCAACAAGUGGAUUCGUAGCUCCUUUCGGAGGAUUAGUGAGCAGGCGCUUUGGGGCUGGUUACGUCAUGAUGACGUGUGGCGUGAUGAUGAGUGCAGCGGCCAUUGCCGGAUCGUUCGUCGAGAACUCUCUGCAACUGGCGUUGCUGUACACGUUACUGGCAGGUACUGCCAAAGGCAUAUCUAAUGUCGUUGCAAAGGAGGCUGUCGGACGCUGUUUUACCAAAAACUACGCCACAGCAAGUGGCAUUGCACGGACCGGCUACUCCGUGGGACUGAUCGUCUUCGCGCCCCUGGUCCAGCUUUUCUUAGACACCUACGGCUGGAGAGGAACCAUGUUACUAGUGGGAGCCAUCACCAUGCAUUCUGUUGCGAGUGGCGCCGUUAUGGUAGCAACGAUGCAGCCUGAGCUCGAUCAGUCAAACGCAUACCAAACGCUCCCUCAGACCGAACACACUAAUUCGUCAUCAGCACAUGAGAGCAAGUAGUAAGGGAGGCGGGGGUACGGGACCAAAAUCGAAAAAAUCUGCGGCGAGCCUGGGCACGCCGCUCUCGGUUUUGGAAAAAUAGGGGAAUCCCCCGAUCUCCAAAAAAAAAAAAAAAAAAAAAAAAAA